UCUAUUUAAUACUGGAAGCCAAUGAAAAUACUGUUUCAUCAAAUCAUAUAUGUGAAGCACAGAAGGCAUAGCAAAUCUGAGCACGUCGACAGUUCACAUACAUCGUAGAUGAAUCAUGGAAAACAGCGAUGGAAAUAACGGAACCAAUGGCAGCGACGGUGGCAGCAACGGUGGAUAUCAGCGCAAGUCCUUGAGAGCCGAUCAAAUCCUAACUCAGGACGAAUUGAAGUAUAUAAAUGAAUUGUUGGAUCAACGUCUUAGCGAAUUAGGCUGGCAAGAGGGGAUUCGUAAAAAGAGAGAAGAAAUUGUGGCAGCACGAGGUGAAUCGGAUGAUGUCGACCUCGAGGUCCUAGCAUUUGCAAACAUAUCGAUGCCCCGAAUCGUGCACAUGGAGCUGGCGGAACUCAUACGUGAUAUCUUGCUCUCGCGCAAUUACUUUGGUUAAGAGCAAUUCUGAGUUAUGAGAUGUAUUAAGUAUUGCAGAAUACUGAAGCAAAUAAAACAAAUAAGAAAGCUCUAGUCGAAACUGGUCGACUACGAGAUCCCUUGAA